UAACUAUUUUGCACUGAGAAGCACCGAUUGUUCUUUGCUUUUUGUCCCGUGACAACUGUUCGACAUUUUUCCUUUCUGAGGUCCAAGCAUUUAUAAUGCGCAUCUACUUGUGAGUCUGAAGAACAAUACCAGCGUGACAUGGAGACAAUGGAUGAGUGGAUCUGUGACCAGGACACCCUUGGAUACGACGAGGCUUGUAUCAACUUGCGCACAGAAGAUUCGAACGCCUGGCUCUACCUGCUUUCCGCGGAUUGCGCGCUGUGCCCAUAUACUAGGAUCAAGCAGAUCGUAGUAAACUGGACUUCCAGCGUGACAAUCGAUACUAUUCGAUCCACGAGCUUGAGAGUAUUGGAUGCCGAGGAUCCCAACGAAUUUAUAUCCGCUAAAAAUACCAGCGACGUGAUCUGUGAGCUGACGCCGAACCUGGGACAGUUCGGUGUGUACGAACUUUCUAUAGUGAAUCGAAGCUGCGAUAUAAAGGUUCUGAAUGCGCCAACGUAUCCUUAUACAGAGCUUCUUGUUAUUUUUGGAGUAUUGUUACUCGUUCUAUUUGGUCUGUCUGGCUUGAAAUCACUGUGGCACGUAUGCAGGAAGAAAUAUAUGAAAAGUCAGGUGGAUGAUGGCGCUAUGAAGCAACCCGCGAAACGUCGAGUGAAGGCGAUUGACACGGUGCGGGGGGCCAGUACGUUGUUGAUGAUAUUCGUGAACGAUGGAUCGGGUGGUUAUAGGACUCUUGGUCAUGCGACUUGGAAUGGAUUGCUUCCAGGAGAUUUGUUGUUCCCUUGUUUCAUAUGGAUCAUGGGCGUGUGUAUCCCCAUAGCGAUGUCCAGUCAGAUGAAGCGCAUGACACCGAAACGCCAGAUAUUAUAUGGGAUCGUCAAAAGGAGCAUACUUUUAUUUCUAAUCGGGUUGUCCCUGAAUACGGUGAGCACAGGUGGCCAGCUUGAAACCAUCCGCAUAUUCGGUGUUCUGCAACGAUUCGGUAUAACUUAUUUCGUUGUUGCUCUGUUAUAUUUCCUUUUAAUGUCAAGAAGACCAAGAAAGAUACAAUCUCCAAUGUUACGAGAAGUGCAAGAUUUUCUUCUGCUUCUUCCUCAAUGGUGCGUGAUGCUCGUGAUUGUGGUCGUUCAUUGCGUCAUAACAUUCUGCUUAAACGUUCCAGGAUGUCCCACUGGAUAUCUUGGUCCCGGUGGUCUUCACGACGACGCGAAAUACUUUGAUUGUGUGGGCGGUGCAGCAGGCUACAUUGAUAGAGUGAUACUUAAAGAAGCUCAUUUGCACCAUUCAGCUACGGUUUAUAAAUCUGGACCGUACGAUCCUGAAGGAAUUCUGGGUACCCUUACAGCGGCGUUUCAAGUCUUUCUUGGCCUACACGCUGGCAUAAUCAUGAUGACUUACAAAGACUGGAAAGAACGUGUAAUCAGAUGGUUAGCAUGGGCUGCGUUCUUCGGUUGCGUAGGAUGCGUUCUUCAUUUUACCAACGUAAUUCCCGUCAACAAGAAAUUAUGGUCACUGUCAUUCGUAUUCGUAACCACGUCUUUUUCCUUGGCUUUCCUUUCUGCUUGCUACUUGCUCGUAGAUGUCGUCAAGGUGUGGAACGGUGGACCUUUUCGUAUUCCUGGUAUGAAUGGUUUACUGCUGUACGUUGGCCACAUGGUGUGCUAUCAAAAUUUCCCUUUCCACUGGAGCAUCGGUAGCAUGGAAAGUCGAGCACUGCGUUUAUGCGAGGCCAUUUGGGGCACUGGAUUAUGGUCAAUUAUUGCAUACAUUAUGCAUGCAAAACGCAAUUACAUCAGCCUAUGA